CUUUAUAAAGUUUGUUAGUAAUCAUCAUCUUGUGAGAACAAUCCUCAGGUGUCGUAAUCGGAGGGAGAAAUAUGAAUAUCUCCAGCAAACUUUAUGAGAUCAAAUUCGUACUUGCUAAUGACUCUCAUCAAAUAUUCUUUGGUCAGAUUUGACUCUUGUAUGAUACAUUUUUGUAAGCUAUUCUUGAGACCUGAAGUGGAGAGACCAUGCAUAAGAUACUCGAACUGUUCUGAGUGUUCUUCCCAGCCUCUCUUAGCAAUUGAUCCUCAACGUAUAAAUCUGAGUUCUUGUAUCUUAGUCGAUGUAAAGCAUUUGGCAAAAUCAGGAGUUCUUGAAAGCGCAAUUGUUCAGUCAACAAACUCAACUUUUGGAAUAUUUCUGACCGCUGAGAAAAUUCUUUUCAGCUGCUUUUGAUUAAUAUUCCAUGUUGAAAGAGAUAUUUUAUUGGUCAUCUUCAAUGAGAAUUUGCUCAAAGCAGGAAGUAAUCUCUUUUGGCUAUUUAAAAUCUCUCAGUUUUCCCUUAUUUGACACGUUCUAAUUCCAGCAAUUGAAUACUUACUUAUAAACUUCUCAAUGAUUUUAAUACUUGUGCGAGAAAUUUCAAAAGUAGUACUAUAGAAGACUCUUGCAAGGCUCAAGUCGGUCAUCUUCUUUAACAGCAUCAAGCCCUGAUAGUCAGAAGAAAAAGCCGUAAAGCUAGUUAGAGGUAUUUUAUUCCAAAAUGAGAAAGAGUUGCUUGAUAAAGCUUCGCAUUCAAUUGAAUCAAUUCUGUUUGAGUGUUGCUCAAGUCUUUUUCCAUUAGC